UUGAAAAGUUAUUUUUUACGUUUGUUGGAUGUUUCCAAUAUUAGUGGAAAUAUACAAUAAAUUAGGAAUAAACUCAACAAAAAGUUAAAAAUGCAUCGUCUUCCCUUACAAUUGCCCUUACCAACGGUAAUGUGGGAUCGAAAUUUAAGCGAGUGUGUUCUCUUUGAAAAAACCUUGAAUGUGAAAAAUUUCGAGGAAACUCAAACUUUUAUCAAUAUUUUAGAUGAAGAGUCAAAAUUUGAUGAAAGGCAAAGGUAUGGAAUAUCGGAAGAUAUGUUUUGGAAAGCCAAAAAAUGUCUGCUAACAUCACAUCCCGUUGCCUUUGCUGAGGGCAUGUUCCUGAUCAAUUCCAUAAUUCUACGUGCUCCCAAGGAUAGUUUUGUCUUGGCUAGUGCUUUAAAGAUAAGAGGUCAAUUGUUUUACCAUGAAUGUAGUUUAGAGUGUGCAUCGAAAGACUACGAAAUGUUUUUGCAUGUUCGUCAAUUUGCCACAGUUGCUGACGAAGAUGUCUGUGAAGUGUUGGGACACCUUAUUAUUUGCAUGUAUAUGAUGGGUCAAUACGCAAAGGCUAAAAAUUACACCGAUCAAUACAAGAAAGUUAAAGCUAAACUAUCAAUUAACUCUUUGCAAAGGAACUGUUUUGUACAAAUUGAAAAACAACUUACAAAUUUCAAACAUGAACUGAUAGAGGCAUGUAAUUCACUACCACACUCCAUUACAGAUACGGACCGGAUAAAUCCAUUUAAGAAGUGCAGUGAAAAUGGAAAUGCCGUCAUGAAAGCUGAUAAUGACUUCAAACGUGGUGAGAUUAUCUUUCUCGAAAAUCCUAGAUAUCAAUCGAUUAAAGCUCCUUUUGUGCGCUGCGAAAUAUGCUAUCGUUUGUGUAAACAACAAAUAUACACCUGUCUGGAUUGUCAUUACAAAACCUACUGUUCACUGCCAUGUAUGGAAAAGAAUCGAGUAGAACAUGAAAUUGAAUGUUUGGGCUAUAAACAAUUGACAUUGUUAAUUUUGGAUGCAGGCUUAUUAUUCCGUAUUUUUGUACAGAUUUCAAAAGUAUUGGAUAAGUGCAUGUUCAAGAGAAAAGCCUAUCGUAAACUUAGCACAGCAUCGGAUAUUUGGUCGCAUUUGUUGGAAUAUUUAAAUCAAAAACAUUUCAAUGACGAGAAUAGCGCCUCUAUGUCGUUAUUGGCAAGGAAACCUCACUAUGACCUCUUAAGCGAAAUACAAUAUUCAACAUUGGUGACGACGGCCUUUCGUUUGACCAUAUUCAUCGACACCAAGACAAAUUUGAUAGAAACCUAUUAUCAACGUUUGAAAAUUUCCCGUAAACAAAAAUUAAUUAUUAUUGGUUCUUUGUUGAUGCGUUUGCAUUGUAAUCUAUUACUGAACACAUUCGAUUUUGAAAUAAAUGAUUUCGAUAUGCAGCUGCAAGGCCUUGCAAGCAACACUGAGCAAUUCAAAAAUUCGGUGGUCUCAACGAACAGCCAAGAAGAACAUUUUCUAAAAAAGGAUCUUAUGGAACAUUAUCAAGUUGAUAUGAAUAAAGAAAUAUGGCUGAGUUCCCUGCAGCUCUUUGAAUCGAUAGAAAGUGCAAAAGAAUUAACUUCCAUCAUCUUAACACCAACGGAUUCCAAACGCCGGUCUAAUCGUCUAUAUUCAAUGCUUAGUAUCUAUAAAGAUCACAUAACUGAGCUAUAUUUCAAUCCAGAAUUAAUAAAUAAGGUUAUAUAUGGUCAACAAGCCGAGGAACCAUUGACAACCGAAGCAGCCAAAACAUUAUGCUCUCGCCUUGCCCAAAUGACUGAUAUGAAACGUUAUCAUUGUGUUAAGAAAUUCGCCCGUCUAUUUCACAAUCAUUAUACAGAAUAUUUUAUGCAAUUGUCGGAGCGCAAUAGAAGUCUUCAUCAGUUAAUUAGCAUAUAUUCACCAAUUAUAAAACAAGUUGCGUAUUCCUGUCAACCAAAUGUGGAAAUAAUAGUAAUGGAUAAUGGUGUAAUUAUUGGAAAAUCUUUGAAACCCAUCGCAAAGGGAGAACAACUUUAUGUUUCAUACAAUUCGAAUGUUAUGUAUUGUUCACGUUCUGAGAAGCAACGUUUCCUUCAACAAUUGGGCACAGUUACUUGUCAUUGUGAAUAUUGCACAACGAAUGUGCCAGAUCCUAUUAUACUUCGCAGUAUAAUCUAUUGUGACAAAUGUAAUGGGAUAGAAAUAACGCCCGAACUUCAAGUGUGUUCCCAUUGUAACACACAAUAUAAUGCUUUGUUAUCUAAAUACCGCACGAGAAUACGUAUUCUAGAAGAUGAAUUAGAUCGUAAAUUUAAAUCAUCUCUCGAUUCGAGUGAGAUAAGUGAACGUGAUUUUUAUAUAUUACAUCAGGCAAUAUAUUUGCAUUCCCAGAAAUAUUUUGGUGCUCAAAAUGAAUAUCGCAUUAAUAUCGAGUUGAAACACGCCCGUUAUUUGGCAUCCAAAAAUUUUAUUACCCAAGUGCAUGAUUUAAUAAUGGAAAUUCGCGAUAACAUUCUCAAAGGCUACGACGAGCAUUACAUUUGGUUUACGUUCUACAGUAACAUCUUGACAACCAUAAAAAUAAUUAUCUGCCAUAACAUUGACGAAAGAUUAUGUGUGAUAGCAGCUUCGACCCUUAUGCAGCUUUGUGAUCUCGCCAUUUACAUUGUAAAAGGUCAAAUUGAUAUUUUAGAAUUCUAUGAGAUCUUUGAUAGGCGAUGUCCAACCGUAUUGGAUGAUUUGAAAAGUUUGCUCCUGUGGAAGGAACGACUUGCAUGUAAGCAUGUCGAAAAGUUUUUAUCACCAUUGAAAAAUACACAUAGUCUAAUUGCCAUAAUGUAUGAUAAGUGAAAGAUAUUCGUUAGAUACAUAAGUUUUGGUCUAGAUGACAUGAAAUUUAAAACCUUUAUUAUAUUCAAAUGUUCUAAUUAAUAUUUCUUGUCGAAUUAGUUUAAGUUUUUUGUAUGAUUUUGUGAGUCUCUUUUAUUAUGGUUAAAUAACCUGAAUAGUAUUUGUGUUUGUGCCUUAUAUUAGGAAUUUCAAAUGUUUUUUAUUAAUCUCUCCAUGUAAGUAGUUUUUGAGAUAAGCAAAUCGAAAAGUUUCAUUGCAUUUAUGCUUCCUAAGUAUUUUAUUUCAAAAACUGGUCUAGAAACUAGUAUUAAAAUGAAUUUUUAUUUAUUUUCUAACUAUAAUUUUUAAUGUUAAGAAGUGAGGAUGCACUUUUAAUUCAUUUUUCUUAUGUUGAAGAUAUUUUUUACUUUAGCUUUACCCCUAUUGUUUUUUUGAAUGAUUUUUAAUUUAUAAUAAAAACCAAUAUAAGCUUAUGUUUUUUUUAUAUAUUGGCAUUAUUUUCAUCAUGUGUUAACGCUUUUAUCAGAUGCAGGUUCUUUGAUUUAUGUUGAGCUACAUCAGCGGUUUAGUUUUCCUAGUUCUUUCCAUAUUAGGAAAGGAUUAUAAAAUGGU